AUGUGCUUACUCAUCCCUUCCCCUCGUGAGAGAAAUCCCGACCGACCGAACGGCGGAGCCAUAAUCUUCAUCCUGUCACUCCGCGAGGUUAUGCGGAAGAGCGGGAGGCGGCGCAGCUGAUUCGAGAUAGACAUCUCCCCAAGGCUGCUUCAUCUGAGGGGCAUCGUCAGAAGCACCCCCCCCAGAUGACCAAACCCAGGGUGAAGCGGUUCGAAGACCCCAACCUGUGGAUCUACGAACACGUGCUGAAAAAUGGGGUGAAGACGGAGAGCGGCAGAAUUAUGAAGGAUGACCUGAACAGGAAGGCGGCGGAGAAAUUGAGGGAAAUUAUCGAGGCCUCCAAACGGUACGAUAGAGAACUGAAGGAAUUAAAUUGCAAAACAGAUGCUUGUCUGGGCCUUCCGCAUAGGGCCCCCAAAAUAGACGUGAAUACGCUACCCUUUAGCCCGCUUAAGCCGAGGAGCAAGUUGGUUCCCUGGAAAAGGAUUCUGCCAGAGGGGGUCGCAUCAGCGCAGGGCGGUUUGGGCGGCCCGUUUGGCGGCAAGGUGGGUGGCACGUUUGCUGGCACUUUUGCUGGCACUUUUCCCGGCAGUUUUCCCGGCAGCUUUGGUGGGACUACCCCAUCCCCACAAAGCAACCCCUUGCAGAAGAACGCGCCUCCAAAAAGUGAAGAAAAAAAAGGCUCCCAAAAGAGCGCCAUUUUUAGUAAAAUGAAAAAAACAAAAAGAGACGAAAUUUGCAAAGUGACUUCCUUUUUCAGUGACCAUAUGAGUUACUACGAUUCGCAUUUGAAGGAAAAGUACAUGAGUAUGUUUUUAAAUUCGCUCGGGGGAAAUGAUGAGAGCGUCAAAGGGGAAGAUGCGGGCCGCUCCGGUGUGUGCCAAAGGGGGGAUACUGCCAGUGUAGGGGUCCUCACCCCAAGCGGGGCACACAUGGAAGGGGUAAAUCGCGGGGUAGACGCGGAAGAAUCCCUUUGCAGCAAUGCCACCCUGUUGGAGAAGGCCAAGAGAAGUGGUUCCCUUUGGGGGGCACCCCCUAAUGGAGAAGUUAGCGCGGGUCACCCUGCUUUCAAGGGGCCACGCAAAGGCAAUGCGGUAGAUGCUGCAGCUCUUGGUGACGCCGCCUACCCUGGGGACACUGGCAACUACAGCAGGGGUGACGCAUUUGGCGAGGCAGCGGAGGAUACGCCCUUCUUCGCAGACCAUUUGCAAAGUUGGGGGAAAAGGGAAGAUGCCAGUUUGGCUAGCCCUUUAGGGGAUACCCCAAGGGGGAAGGCAACCCUUUCGGAGGACAAAUCUCAAACGAGGAAAACCCCAAUGGAAGAAACGGAUAGAAGUAGCAGGAGGGGAAAAGCACUUGAGGGAAACUCAUCUAACCGCAGAGAGAACCCUCUGCAAGGUUUCAAAAUUUUUGAAAAAAUGAACAGCACGUCGUUGUAUGGAGGGGUAGACAGCCAAGGGGAAGAUUCCAUCUCGUACAUUUUGCAGAACCUGAGGGAGGAGAAGAAGAAGAACUCCCAUGUGAUGGGGAGCAGCUUCUCCGCAGGGGAAGAAGUAUCAACAGUUGAUAGAAACCCCCUUGUGGAUGACCCAGCUGGGGCAACCCCCCUGAUGCGUACCAUCGUAGGUGGAGAUGCUCAUACACCAGAUAGAGGGGUAAACCAAGUUAACCGGGCGAACUCCACGCAAAGGGGAAAAGGGCAGCCCCCACCAAAGGGCAGAGAAUCCAUCCUGCAGUUUGAACAUCUAGACAGUAACAACAUAACUGUUGAGGCACUGAGCCAGCAUGUGGGCACGGAGGUAGAAAAGAUUAUAAAUGUGGGUAAGUUCAUUCUAGAUAAUGAGCACAUCACGAAAUACACAAAAUUGGAGAAGGAGGUAGCGGAGCUGAUUUGCGAAGAGUUAGGUCUGCUAGAUAAACUGAAGUACAGCCAUAUCAAUUUGAAGAGGCGCAACCCCGUUGUGACUAUCCUAGGACAUGUAGACCACGGGAAGACAACUCUGCUGGAUAGGUUCCGAAAUUCUAACGUGGCUCAAAAUGAAAUUGGAGGAAUUACACAAAAGUUAGGAGCGUUUGAAGUCGUAGAUAAAGAGACGAAGAGGAAGAUAACCUUUUUGGAUACCCCGGGACAUUCCGUUUUUAAGAAAAUUAGACAAAGGUGUGCUCAGUGCACCGAUUUGAUUAUCCUAGUCAUCUCUCUAGAUGAUGGUAUUAUGAGUGAAACGGUGGAGUGCAUUCAGCUAGCCAAAAAAUUUAACAUUCCAUUUAUUAUUGCGGCAAAUAAGAUGGAUAAAUUUGGGUCCGAUUUGGGAAGCAUCUCCAAAUCGUUAGUAGCAUAUGAUGUCGUAACGCAGUUGGAAGAAAAUGGAAACGUCCCAAUCGUUCCCAUUUCUGCAAAGGAGGGUAUAAAUAUUGAUAUGUUGCAAAGGUGUAUUCUACAGAUGAGCGAUUCCCUAAAUCUACUGUGCGAUUAUGGGAGCCUCUGCUGUGCCUACGUGCUGGAGAAGAAGGUCCAUCCGUCCAGGGGGAAACUGCUCACCAUGGUGUGCAAAUCGGGCACCCUAAAAGUAAAUUCUUAUCUCCUCAUCGGCCACACGUACACAAAGGUGAAGCAGAUCUACAACUGCAAUAACCAGUUGGUGAGGGAGGCCUACCCGUCCGAGGUGGUCCAAAUCGUUAGCCCCAUUUCGCUCGCACAGGAUGGCGGCGUCAACUACGGGGACCUCGUCUUCGAAAUGAGCAGCUUGCGGAGCGCCCAGCGGGUCGCGAGGUACAAGCUGAAGCUGGCGCAGUACAGCCAGAUGGGUAACGCAAUUAGCGGAGUUGGCGGCGUUAGCGGAGUUGGCGGCGUUAGCGGGGAUAGCGGCGUUUGCGGCGGGCUGCCCCCCCUGCCGAAGCUCCCCCAAGUGCAGCUGAUAAUCAAAGCGGGGGACGAAGGCAGCGUAGAAGCCAUCCUCGAAGGAAUCGCCGAGUACAGAAAAAAGGAAAAAAGGGAAAAAUAUUGCGACAUUAACAACUUUUUGGAGAGAAAUUACGUGAAGAGGAAUAAGCUAGCAGAUGACAUGCUGGAGAGUAGAAACCUUUUCGACGGUUGGGAACCAUUCCGAGUUGUGUCCAAAGGAGUCGGCCCUUUUAACCUCAACGAUUUGAAACACUGCAGUGAUGUGAAGCCCGUAUUUUUAAUUGCCUUUAAUGUGGACGUAGAGAGAAGUGUACAGCUGAGUGUUGAAGAGAACGGAGCCAUUUUGAGGACCCACACUAUUAUUUACAAAUUAUUUGAGGACUUAGAAACGAUUUGCAAUUUUUAUUUUGAUUCGCUACAUCUGUAUGAACCCGUUUCCAGGAUGGUUGUUAAUAAGACUGGGUUCUACACGCUGAAGAAGAAUAAGGCGAAGAGGAAAAGAGUCUUGUCCGUUUCGAUUAAGGAGGGGGCGUGCAGCGUCAGUCACUUCUUCACCGUUUUGAGGAACAAACAGGUUAUUCAUAAGAGGCUCUCCGUUCUGUCUAUGCAGAAGAAUAAGGAAAGCACCACCGAGCUGGGCAAGGACUGCUCCGUAAACUCCAUCAUUUUUAACACCCCGUCGGAGGACUUCCAGGUGGGCGACGAGAUCGUGGCCUGCAGGAAGGUCCCCCGUGCGCCGCUCUUCAGCCGGGUGAGGAGUUUCGACUUGGCCGUCUGA